AUGUCGAUCGUACACCUUCAGAGCGUAGAGAUACUCAACGCCGAGGCCAAGUUCGAGGACGCAUACAUUUUCAAGAUCACGUUCGAGUGCAUCUCGCCGUUGCAGGACGAUAUCGAAUGGAAGUUGGUCUACGUCGGAUCCGCGGGUGACGAGAAGUAUGAUCAGGAGUUGGACAAUUGUAUGGUUGGGCCUGUUCCCGUUGGCGUCAACUCAUUUGAGUUCGAAGCAGCAGCGCCAUCACCGUCGAAAAUCCCGCCCGAGGACCUGCUCGGCGUCACGGUUAUCCUGCUCACAGCAUCGUAUCGCGACCAGGAGUUCAUCCGAGUCGGCUACUACGUAAACAACGCCUACGAGUCAGAAGAGCUGCGCGAAAACCCACCGGAAAAAGUCGACCUGACCAAAGUCAGGAGAGAGGUGCUCGUCUCCAAACCGCGUGUUACGCGCUUCAACAUCAAAUGGGACGACUCGACCGCUGCUCCUCAAGCACAACAGGCGCAGAGUUCGACCGAGGGAUUGACGGCGUGA